AUGUGUGGAGAGAAGCCCCUUUUGCUUCACCUACGGUCUAUUCUGGCUUUCAGAAUUUCUGAUCAGGAUGGCAGAAAUAGCUUGGAAUUUUUGGAUCAGGAUUUCUCUAUCUCAGAUCUCAUCUCAAAAGCAAUCGGAGAUGCCAAGGAAUGGAUCGAUGCUCAGACAACGAUCAUUGCUCCCCCGAGGAAAAGCUUUCGAAUCCCUUCCCCUGAAAAUCAAGAUAUCAUCAUUUGCAGAUCCGAUGCGGCUUGGAGACAGGACAUCAACGCAGCAGGACUGGGAUGGAGCUUCGCCAUCAAUUUGGCAUGUCUGUUCCCCCUCCUCGCUGAAGCUUUAGCCAUGUGA